CUCCGCAACAGCGUUCGUUGUGACGUCAGCAGCACAGCUUUCGAAACAUCAGUGCGCAGACCAGACCAUGUCCAACAUAUAAUGGGGGGAAGCACACUAUAAAAGACUUCUAGGGGAAGUUCGUUGGGCGUUCUUUUCGCCGCAUGAAAAGUAGGGUAUCCCGACUAACGUGUUGAUGUAAUGUGCUUCAAAUUUACCCAAGUUUGCCCUUAAUAGUGCGACUGGAGGGAUUUUUGACAUUCUAACCUCCACCCCCAGGGCUGCAAUUGGGACUUUCCGAUUGCGUCAGUGCCGGCAAAAGGUGUGAAUUAUGCACUUUGGGGCUUCUUUCCGCAGAAGCCGGGUGCGUUCGCGUUGUUGUGCUUGGAAGACUCCGGGGGUGACCCAACUCUUUCUCCUGGGAGUUCUUUCCCAGCAGUAGCGGCUCUUUCUUCCCGAGGCGUGCCUCCUCUUCAGCUUCGGGACAUAGGAAGACGCGGCGCCAGACCUCUGGAAGGUUAGCGUUAGCGUGUCCCGUUCCGGAGGCUUCUUCCUGUGCUCGCCUGGCUUGUCGAGGGUAGCGUGAUUAUGUAUCAAAGCCCUGCUCGCUCCCUGUGUUCGGCCCUCUCCAACUUCUGCUGCGCUCCUUCCUCCGCCGCCUCUUCGUCCCUGUUGCGCCGGUCUCCUGUGCAGGCGAAGAGAGCUGUCUCCUCGCCUGCCCUUUUCGCCUCCUCUUCCGCCGCCUCACGCUGUGGCUGUUCCGCUGCGGGUCCAGGGGCUACGAAUCCUCCAGCUGUGUAUUCCAUGGGCAAUAGUACAAGCAGGCUGUACAGCGCUCUUGCAAAGACUCUGAGCAGUGGUGCGGUCUCCAGACAUCAGGAAUACUUGGAACACCCAGACUCUGAGAUCCUGGAUCCUAUAGACCCUAAGGAGCUGCUUGAAGAAUGUCAAGUUAUUCUUCGGAAACGUCCUGCCCGGCUCCAGAGAGACUUUGUGAACCUCCAGACCAGUGUUUCCAAAACCCACCAACCCAUUAGAGUCAUGCAGUGGAAUAUACUUGCGCAAGCUCUUGGGGAAGGCAAAGACAACUUUGUUCAGUGCCCUAUGGAAGCUCUCAGGUGGGAAGAAAGGAAAUGUCUCAUUCUCGAAGAGAUCCUUGCAUACCAACCAGACAUCCUGUGUCUACAAGAAGUGGACCACUAUUUUGACACCUUUCAGCCACUCCUUAGUCGACUGGGCUACCAAUGUACUUUCUUCCCUAAGCCAUGGUCUCCAUGUCUAGAUGUGGAAUGUAACAACGGACCAGAUGGCUGUGCCUUGUUCUUUCUUAAAGACAGAUUUACUUUGAUCAGCAGUGACAACAUCAGGCUGACUGCAAUGAAGCUAAAAACCAAUCAAGUAGCCAUUGCUCAAAUACUAAAAUGUAAUGAAACUGGCAAGCUGUUCUGCAUUGCUGUCACUCACUUGAAAGCACGUAAUGGCUGGGAAAGAUUCAGAUCUGCACAAGGUGCAGAUCUUCUGCAGAAACUGCAAAGUAUCACCCAAGAGCCUGACAUCCCUCUCAUUGUCUGUGGCGACUUCAAUGCUGAACCCACAGAAGAGGUUUACAAGGAAUUCUCAGACUCCAGCCUAAAUUUGAAUAGUGCUUACAAGCUGCUGAGUGUUGAUGGGCUGUCAGAACCCCCAUACACAACUUGGAAGAUUCGCCCUUCUGGAGAAUGCAGGCACACACUGGAUUAUAUCUGGUAUUCACAACAUGCCUUACAAGUGAAUGCUGCUCUCAGUCUUCUUACUGAGGAACAAAUUGGACCCAACAGGCUACCAUCUUUGAAUUACCCUUCAGACCAUUUGUCUCUAGUAUGUGACUUCACCUUUAAUGACAAUCCUGACAGGCUUUUAUAAUGUGGGUUUGAUUUGAGGGCUUUAAGAAACUUACUGGGUUUAUGGAGUUGCCCUUGAAACUAUGGUCCUGAAGAUUUUGGGGAAUUAUUUAUGAACAGACAACUAAUUUACUUUGAACCAUAUCCUUCAAAGAUGCUGUCAUUAAAACUUUGCCAUAACAGUAAGACACAAAAACUUUGCUGAUCGCUUACUUCAAGAGUUGUCUUGUGUAUUAUCUCUUCUUAGAGAAGCUCUGCCACUGUGUUUGAGAAAUGAUUCCUAAUGCUGCUUGGGGAUCAAUGACUUCUUAAGAACAUUUGCCUCAGAUGUGACAAUUAUGCACUAAGUUCACAAUAUGGGCCAAAAAGGUGUCACACUACAGUGUAAGUUAUAGUGAUUGACCAAAUGUUGGUAACAGUUGACCCAUUUAAUUCUAUACAUGCAAAAACACUGUUAACACAGAUUUUAUUUAAUUAAAAUAUGCUUGAAUUUGCA